CAGCAACAGCAGCAACAGCAGCAGCAGCAACAGCAGCAGCAACAGGCUGCUACUGCCGCUGCUGCUGCUGCUACUGCCGCUGCUGCUACUGCUGCUACUGCCACUGCUGCUACUACUGCCGCUGCUGCUGCUGCUGCUGCUACUGCCGCUGCUGCUGCUGCUACUGCCGCUGCUGCUGCUGCUACUGCUGCUGCUGCUACUGCCGCUGCUGCUGCUGCUGCUGCUGCUACUACUGCCGCUGCUGCUACUACUGCCGCUGCCGCUGCUGCUGCUGCCGCUGCCGCUACUGCUGCUGCUACUGCCGCCGCCGCCGCCGCCGCCGCCGCCGCCGCCGCCGCCGCCGCCGCCGCCGCCGCCGCCGCCGCCGCCGCCGCCGCCGCCGCCGCCGCCGCCGCCGCCGCCGCCGCCGCCGCCGCCGCCGCCGCCGCCGCCGCCGCCGCCGCCGCCGCCGCCGCCGCCGCCGCCGCCGCCGCCGCCGCCGCCGCCGCCGCCGCCGCCGCCGCCGCCGCCGCCGCCGCCGCCGCCGCUGCCGCUACUGCCGCUGCUGCUGCUGCUACUGCCGCCGCUGCUGCUGCUGCUACUGCCGCCGCUGCUGCUGCUGCUACUGCCGCCGCUGCUGCCACUGCCGCUGCUACUGCCGCUGCCGCUGCCGCCGCCGCCGCCGCUGCCGCCGGACUAGGGAUCCCCACCGGGCUCGUGCCUUGCUAUGAAUGA